AGUUCAAUGUCCUGUGAUUAUCGGCGAACUUGAUACAAAAAACACCGUGCCCUUGAGCUUUCAACUGGGCGAUCAGAAGCAUGGGACAAGCUUGUAGCGCGUGCGAGCCAAGGAAGGUGGACAAAUAUGACAUUGAGCACAAAAACAACUCUCGACUGAGGGCGAUCGCCGAGCAACAGCCCCUCAGAGGUUUGCAUGGAAUGCACAGCCAGGCGGGCGUCGAGAGGAUAGAUCGAGACAUGUCGUGCAAGACUCCUCGCAUGAUGGUCCCCGAGCAGCGGGUCGGGUCGGAGGAGAUCUACGUUCCGAAGCUGAAGCACCGGCCCGACUCCACAGGAGGGGCUGCGCUGGAGUCUCCGAGGAAGCAGUCGGCCCUGGAAAAUGGCAACAUCGUGAUAGCUCCCCUCGAGUUCAUCGUGACAACCAUGAAAGGGGGACUGUCUGUGAGCUCUCCGAGUGCGACUCCUCGAGGCACGCCGAUGAGCACGCCGAUGAGCACGCCGCGCGAUGGGAGGGCCCCGUCAGGGCAGAGGGAGAAGAAUGCUCAUGCUCCCAUGGCGUCUCCGAGAGACAGGAUGGCUACUGGCACGAGGAUGGAGCGAAUGGUUACGAGGGAGCCUCCAGGGCCCUUCAGCCCGAACAUGAGCACGCCGAGGAGCGGCGAGGAGACGGUUCUGGACACUACCCAGGCGCAGGUGGAGUUCUCCCCUCAGUACCCCGACAUGCGCUACCAGCAGUUGCUCCCCCAUCACGGCCUACAGCAGGCGAGGCCCGGACAGCCGUCAGUCUACACGCCUCCCAUGCAGAUGAACAUGCAGCAAGUGCACUUCCCGCCACAUGCUGGGAACGGUCAUGUAGUACAACCCGCAGGCUCGUCUCCUCACAACUCUUUCCCCCCCCCUCCUCAGAUGAACUCAGUACUGAAGUCUGGAGCAUGGCAGCAGGGGACUACAAUGAACUCUCCUCGCAUCCUCUACCAAGGCUCUAAGGUCGUCUACUCCAUCCCGGGAGAUGAAGGCGGGAGUGUAAAGUGACGUGCUCGUCCUGCUCGCUUCCUCGCGCGUCGGGAACGAAGGAAUGGAGCCGCAGCUGGUGAGAGGAGCGAGGGGAGGCAGAGAUGCGAUGGGCUCUUGUUAGCAUCAAUGUACAACAUCUCACGAC